AUGCCGAAGCGAGAAGAGCGGACCCAGUACGGCAUAACGAAGUACGCUCAUGAUCCGACUCAAGAAGUGAGGCUUAGUGCCAAUGAUGAUCACCGGGAAUCACAACUUCCAGAAAAGCGGCCAGUACUUCUGGGAGAACGUUCCUCUCAACGAAUAUCGAACAAGCGACAGAACGAUAGCCGUGAUCAUGUUUGGGGCAAGAUUGAUUCUGGUAUGAAAGGACUACAGAAGUUUGGUACGCCAAAAUUGAAGUCGACACCGAACUCGACGCCGGAGUCGAUGCUAAAGUCGACGCUGAAUUCGACGCCGAAGUCGACGCCUCAAGGCCUCGGAAAGGAAAUCGACCCUCAAAGCAGUAAAUCGAAACAAGUCGAGGCUCCUUUUCAGAAGUCGAAGGCAUUAAAGUCGUCAUCUCUACUAAGCCCAAAUGAGGGUGUGAAGCGCAAGGUUCAGGAUACUUCGCUUGACGUCGUAACACCGACUAAACGGGCUCGCAACGGUCAGAGACCCCAUUUUGCGCAAGGCAAACGUGAGCCAACAGCCAAUUCGAGCAAGCGACAAGAGGAAACGAUUGCGAAUAUGAUAUCGAUGGGCGAGCCAAGUGUGGAGGAGAGCAUCGAAUCGCCAGUUGCAGGACCAGACAUGCAGCUGCACAUAGCAGAGCCAAAUACUAAUCUCCAAGCUUCGGUGGCCGCAUCAACACUCUCAUGGGUCAUCGGUGAAGCCGGCAAUCCAACUUCUACACAGCUGCAGACUGCACCCGAGACAAACAUAGCAGGCUUGAAGGGCCAAAAUAGCGGCCCUUCCGCAGUACCACACAUCCUCGACCGACCGCCCCAAUUGACGCGAGCAGUCGACUCGGGCUCCACCAGUCCGUUGAGUGACAUGCCUUCUUGGGUUGCAGAGGAGAUUAUGCGGGAAAAUGCGGAACAAAACAAGCAGCGAAGUAUCUUUGAGGCGAUGAAUGGAACGAGCAGCCAGGAGAGUAUAUCUGGUAGGUCCCAGUUGUGGUUGACAAGAGCAGAAAAUGUGCCAUCACCAAACCUUCCCCGAUUUGAAGCACCAGUUCCAGCAGACUCAUCGCCAACCGUGCCAGCACCGAUACCUUUAACAAUUGCCACGAAUACGCCACGCCCAAAGCGCUUGCCCAAGCCUAUCGAGCGGUUUGCCAAUUAUGAAAGUGGCGGAAAAUCUAUCAAUGUCGCUCACAGCACGCCGAACAAACCAUACUCAGAUGAUGAGACGGAAGCAGAGGAUCAUGCGAUCAUAUCUCCCCACUCACCCAACGGGCCACAGCUCAGACUGCCAAGUUCGUGCAAGGUGAAAACGAAAAUCGUCAUACUUCCUGUGUGUCUAGUCAUACCAAGUGAAUCCCCUCCAAUCUGCAGAGAGCCACGAGAGCAGCGUGUGGUAGGACCACAAGGGUCUGUAGAGGAGUCACAAAGACUCCGUUCGCCUCCCGGUACCCUCGACAGCGGUGGAUUCGAUAUUGGGGAGCUCGACGAGUUUGGUGUUCGAGAGCAGCUUGAAUUAUCUCGUAAGCUCAGCGAACGCCAGCCAUUGGGCUUGAAGCCGGAAUCAGUAGGUGAGCCUACCGUCUGGGCCGACACUCGUCAGGCUCUAUGCGAGACGGUACCAUAUUUCAAAAUGCCGCAAAGCGGCUGUCAUCAGAAUAACGGCCAUGUCUACGCGUUCCUCUACGACGGAAGUGGCCACUGUCGCGAGUACAUGGACACAGACCUCAUCAUCGCUCGGGCAGGAGGCUGCAUGGAACAAGAUGCGAACGGCCAGAUGCAGCAAAAGAAGAAUCAUUCCAUGGAAGAGGCUCAAGUGCAAGCCGUGAUCAACGAUAUCGAGCACCAGAACCCUGUCAUAGUCAUAUGUGGCAACAAGCAUGCUGCUGCGAUUUGUCAGAUGCCGCAUCGAUAUUGCGUCCUGGGAUGGUACAAGCCCGUUGCGGUGUGGGCGGAAAAGACGCUCGGAAAGGGCACGAAGACAUGGGUCACUGUCAAGUACCGGCUUGAAAGGCUUGACUGCAACAAACGCGCUUGGUAUGCACCGAUUCAAGAAGUCAUCACAGAGGAAGAUCGGAAGGUAGCGGGAUCUGCGAAGAGAAAAAGGUGCGGCGACUGUGAGAUGGAGUCUCCGCACGUGUAUCUGAAUGGCUGGAUGUGCCUCAACGCUUCUUGUGAGCGGUUCUGGAAGCUUUCCUGUGGCGGAGAUGCGCCCUACGGCAAGCUGCCUUAUCAUCCUGCCUUUCUGCUCGACCGCACGAGAUGGCAAAACGAACAAGAGCCGUACAGUGUGCGGCCACCAGUGCCAGACAGCGGGAAAGUGAUGGGCGACAACUUGACCAAGAUCAAUACACGCGGCAUCGUAUGUCCAUGGUGUGGGCGUUGCAAUCACCGUCGACUCUGGAAAGGAUGGACGUGUGACAAUCCGAGCUGCGACUUUGCGUCCUUUCCGAUGCAUGUUCCCGUCAAGCCCGCUGUACUUCAUCAGCCCUGGGAUAGCGUUGGCGAUGGCCCGACACUUUCGCAAAACAAGUACGCGAAGCAUCUUGGUGUACGCGUCCGGGUCAGCCACAAGCUCGGGUUCAAGAUCUUUACCUAUACAUUCGACGGCAUCGAAGGGAAAUUGGUGCACGCUGUGAGCAACGCGAUGAUCAAUCGUGCGCCCGGGGGCCCUGACGAGAUGUUUGAGGCAAUGCAGAGGCAGGAUGAUCCGGAAAUGGAUUUGCAUUUGCAGAGGAGGCCAUUUAUUGGGACAGGAUCAUCAGCCAGUCUGAAGUUGAAGUCUGCGCCGGUGGAAGAUGGCGACUUCAUGACUGCCUUUAGCAUGAACUACGGCAUGCCAUACAAGUUCGUGGCGGGGGGUGCCAGUCUUCCCUUUGCAUCUGCACCGUGGCCCGUUCGAGCGUGUCGUGCGGAUUUGAAUUGGGCAUCCAAGAACUUUUCUGAUGCUGACGGCCAUGUCGAGUUCAACGAGCAGCUCGUCUUUGCGUACAUGGAGGGUCAGAAAGUGGAGUACCACGACGAUGGUGAGAGUGGGCUGGGGGCUCGCAUCGCGAGCAUGUCCCUUGGCAGCAAAGCCAAGAUGAUGUUACGAAUGAAAACCAAGCAUUACGUGGGUUGUAGCAAGACGGGAGUGUUGACGCAGGACAAACCUGUGCCGGGGUCGAUUGGUGGCGAGGCCAUGUAUCGUAGGCGACUUGCCGCUUGGCACAGCCUGCAAGAGCUGAAAGGCAGUGACAAAGCAGCAUACGAGAGACGACGCAAAGAAAUACCCGAGGAAUUGGGGCUUGUCGCGAAGAAGGCGAAGAAAGCGGAAGACAUGGUCACGGUCACGCUCCACCACGGCGAUAUCGUGGUGAUGGAGGGCUACGAGAUUCAGCAGUACCUCGAGCACAAAGUGGUGCCCGAGGGCUGUCUGAGGUUUGCACUCACGUGCAGAAGUGUGCUGCCGGAGCAUCUCAAGGCUGAGGAGAGGCCCAGCUAUGGGGUCGAGGCCGAUGAGCCGCACAUGAGCAGCCUGGUGAGAAUGGCGGAGGCGGAGGCGGAGGCGAAGGCGGAGGCGGAGGCAGAAGAGAAUCGAUGACCGCUACUUUUGGCGCAGCAGUGAGGGUAAUUAUAAUGCAACGGGGAGAGCCGGCGAUGUUGAAUUCUCAGCCUCGUUCCCCACUCGGG